AUAUCAAUCUGCGACUAACUCAACUGACUCAGUAGAUCGACCUAAGAAUUCAGAGAGACCGUAAGACAAACCGAGAGGUAGGAUAACAGAAGAGAAGAGAAGGAGGGAGAAAAAAAGAAGAGAGGAAGGGAAGGGAAGAACCAGCACCAGCUAACAGAAUAACAGAACUGGAAGGAAGACAGCAAUUGAGAAUAAAUCAAAAUGAUCAACCUCUUCACUGGCUGGCCCAACCCCCAGCUGCUCCCUGUGGCCGACCUCGCCGCCGCCGCCAGCACGGUGUUUUCCACCCCCGCCAUCUCGACCCCCGCCCUGCUCUACGGCCCUGAUCCAGGCUACGAGCCUCUACGCGAGCAUAUUGCCACCUGGUUGACAUCCUUCUAUCGACCAAACGAUGCUAUCUCGGCUGACCGCAUCUGUAUCACGGGCGGCGCCAGCCAGAACCUCGCCUGUCUGCUGCAGGUCUUCUCGGACCCGGCCUACACGCAGGGCGUCUGGAUGGUCGCGCCCACCUACUUUCUCGCCUGUCGCAUCAUGGAUGAUGCCGGGUUUGCAGGCAGACUGCAUGCAGUGCCGGAGGAUGCAGAGGGGAUCGAUAUUGCGGCGUUGCGGAGGGGGUUACAGGAGGCACAGACGACAGAUGAACCGUAUAAAAAAUCUCGCCCCUGGAGAAAGAUCUACAGACAUAUCAUCUACGCCACGCCCACCUUCUCCAACCCCUCGAUGAAGGUCAUGUCGCUACGACGCCGCGAGGAGCUCGUCCGUCUGGCGCGCGAGCACGACGCCCUGCUCAUCACCGACGACGUUUACGAUUUUCUGCAGUGGCCUGCUGCCUCUGCAUCGGCUUCUCCCCUCUCGACCGCGGCUUUACCCCGCCUAGUUGAUAUCGACAGGUACCUCGACGGCGGGCCGAAAGACCAAUACGGCCAUGCCGUGAGCAACGGCAGCUUCAGUAAGCUGAUCGGGCCGGGCGUGCGCACGGGCUGGGCGGAGGGAACGCCAAAACUGGCUUUUGGCCUUUCUCAAGCAGGCUCCUCUCACUCCGGAGGCGCCCCCUCACACUUGACGGCAGCCAUCGUCGACCAACUCGUUCAGGGAAAUCUACAAGAGGUGAUUGAGAAAACGCUGCAGCCCGCCCUGGCAGCACGGUAUCAUAUCGCCAUGGCGGCUGUCAAGGCCCACCUCCUCCCGUUAGGAGUGACAUUACCCUCCUUUGCAGACGAGCAGUCUACACAAGCCGUUGCAGGCGGAUACUUCAUCUGGAUCAAGCUGCCGUCACCGCUCCGGGCGGACGAGCUAGCAGCGCAAGCACUGGAAAAAGAAGAGGUGCGAGUUGCUGCUGGAACCCUCUUCCGCGUCGGCGGUGAUGAGAAGCAGGAGAAAGUGGACGCGCAGAACGACUUUGCAGACUGUUUGCGCAUCUGUUUUGCGUGGGAGGAGGAGCAGAAAAUCGAUGAGGGGAUCAGACGCUUGGGUCGCCUCAUCGCCAAGCUGACGGCUACUAUCUGAUCUUGAUGGUACCUGAACGUACCAUGGUUGGAGAUAAACCAAAGUGUAAUGAUGUACCUCAGAAUAUUUCAAUAGUUCUUUUGAUCUAUGUAGUAGUUCUAU